AUCAGCACAAUGGAGACCCAGGUGUCCAACGGCCCCACGAGCAACAGUUCCCUCCCCAACGGGCCACUGAUCAGCGCCAACGGUGCCACCGACGACUCCAAAACUAACCUCAUAGUCAACUACCUGCCCCAGAACAUGACCCAAGAGGAGUUCAAGAGCCUCUUCGGAAGCAUCGGGGAGAUCGAGUCCUGCAAGCUGGUCCGGGACAAGAUCACAGGACAGAGUCUAGGCUACGGCUUCGUCAAUUACGUGGACCCCAACGACGCCGACAAAGCCAUCAACACCCUGAACGGACUCAAGCUCCAGACGAAAACAAUCAAGGUGUCUUACGCCCGGCCCAGCUCGGCCUCCAUCCGCGACGCCAACCUCUACGUCAGUGGCCUACCUAAGACCAUGAGCCAGAAAGAGAUGGAGCAGCUCUUCUCGCAGUACGGGCGCAUAAUCACAUCCCGCAUCCUCGUCGACCAGGUCACAGGCGUCUCCAGAGGGGUGGGCUUCAUCCGCUUCGACAAGAGGAUAGAGGCCGAGGAGGCCAUCAAGGGCCUGAACGGGCAGAAGCCGCUGGGCGCCAGCGAGCCCAUCACCGUCAAGUUUGCCAACAACCCCAGCCAGAAGACGGGCCAGGCGCUGCUCACCCACCUCUACCAGACCACCGCCCGGCGGUACACCGGGCCCCUGCACCACCAGACCCAGCGCUUCAGGCUCGACAAUUUGCUAAACAUGGCCUACGGCGUCAAGAGUCCUCUCUCCUUGAUCUCCAGGUUCUCUCCCAUCACGAUCGACAGCAUGACCAGCCUGGCGGGUGUCAACCUGACGGGGGCCUCCAGCGCGGGCUGGUGCAUCUUUGUGUACAACCUCUCCCCCGAGGCCGACGAGAGUGUCCUGUGGCAGCUCUUUGGGCCUUUCGGGGCCGUCACCAACGUCAAAGUGAUCCGCGACUUCACCACCAACAAGUGCAAGGGCUUUGGCUUCGUCACCAUGACCAACUACGACGAAGCCGCCAUGGCCAUCGCCAGCCUGAACGGCUACCGACUGGGCGACCGGAUCCUCCAGGUGUCCUUCAAGACCAGUAAGCAACACAAGGCGUGA